AUGGCAAGUAGUACAUCAAAAACUAGUAGUGUCUCACAAAAACCAGCUAUGAAAGACGAAGGUAAAUUUGUCGAUUUACCAGAUGCUAAAGAAGGUGAAGUUAUCGUACGUUUUCCACCAGAAGCAAGCGGAUAUUUACAUAUUGGUCAUGCUAAAGCUGCUCUUCUUAAUCAACAUUAUCAAAAAACGUUUAAAGGAACAUUAAUUAUGCGUUUUGAUGAUACAAAUCCAGCUAAAGAAACUGCUGAAUUUGAACAGGUUAUUCUCGAAGACUUAAAAAUGUUAGGUGUUGAAUAUGAUCGUUUUACACAUACAUCUGAUCAUUUUGAUACUUUAAUUAAGUAUUGUAAAAUAUUAAUUGAAAAAGGUCUAGCCUAUUGUGAUGAUACUGAACCAGAAGAAAUGAAACAACAACGUGAACAACGAAAAGAAUCGGUUAAUCGAAAUAAUAGUGUAGAAAAAAAUUUAAAAUUAUGGUCAGAUAUGUUAGUUGGAAAUGAACAAGGACUAAAAUGUUGUGUUCGUUUAAAAAUCGAUAUGAAUUCUAAUAAUGGUUGUAUGCGUGACCCAACUAUUUAUCGAUGUAAACCAGAGGAACAUGUACGAACAGGAAAUAAAUAUAAAGUUUAUCCAACAUAUGACUUUGCUUGUCCAAUUGUUGAUAGUAUCGAAGAAGUUACUCAUGCUCUACGAACAACUGAAUAUCAUGAUCGAGAUGAGCAGUAUUAUUGGAUUCUUGAUGCUCUUGGUCUUCGAAAACCAUUUAUUUAUGAAUAUGCACGUCUGAAUAUGCAAUAUACAGUAUUAUCAAAACGAAAAUUAACAUGGUUUGUUAAUACACAUAUGGUUGACGGAUGGGAUGAUCCACGUUUACCAACUGUUCGUGGUAUACUUCGACGUGGUAUGACUGUUGAAGGUCUACGACAAUUUAUAAUUGCACAAGGUUCAUCACGAUCUGUUGUUUUAAUGGAUUGGGAUAAAAUUUGGGCAUUUAAUAAAAAACAAAUUGAUCCUGUAGCACCACGUCUUACAGCAUUAUUAAAACAUCAACUGGUAAAAGUAAAAUUAACAAAUGUAACAAAAGAAGAAUGUCAACAACAUCAAAAACAUCCAAAAGAUGCAAAUAUUGGAAUGAAAAAUGUUUAUUAUGGUCCAACCAUAUUUAUUGAAAAAGAUGAUGCUGUUCUUAUCAAUGCAGGACAAACUGUUACAUUAAUGAAUUGGGGCAAUAUUAAAAUUAAUCGAAUUCAAAAGAAUGAUUCUGGUGAAAUCGAAUUCAUGGAAGGCGAAACUCAAUUAGAUAACAAAGAUUUUAAAAAUACUCUUAAAUUAACAUGGCUUGCUGAAACAAGUUUAGCACCAUUAACCCCUGUUAAAUGUAUUCAUUAUGAUAAUAUCAUGACUAAAGCAAAACUUGAUGAAGGUGACACAUUUGAAGAUUUCGUAAACUACGCAUCAAAGAAUGAAUAUGAUAUUGUCGGUGAACCUGAAAUGGCACAAUUGAAACAAGGUGAUAUCAUUCAAAUCCUUCGUAAAGGCUAUUAUAUAUGCGAUAUUCCAUAUGAUGCUGCAACUCAACAACCGUGCUGUCUACUUAAUAUUCCAGAUGGUGGUACAAAAGAAAAACCAACAUCAUUAAGAGCUACUGAUAAUGCAACAACAAAAUCCACGGGUGAUAAAUUGGCAGCAACAAUCGUAUCAGGGCCUGAAGUAGAUCUUUUAACAGAACGAAUUGUUUUACAUGGUGAAAAAAUUCGAGAAUUAAAAGCAAAUAAAGCAUCCAAAGAUGCUGUAGACGUUGCUGUAAAAGAACUUUUAGUACUAAAAGAAGAAUAUAAAAAAUUAACAGGUAGUGAAUAUAAACCACUGAAUGCAUCAGGAGCAACAGCACAAAAAGAAAAUAAAAAACCAGUAGCCAAUGCAACGUCAGAUGAAGCUGCAAAACUUGCUGAAAAAAUAACUCAACAGGCAGAUAAAGUUCGCGAUCUUAAAGCAAAUAAAUCGACACCAAAAGUGAGUCAAAUAAUAAUAAUAAUAAUGAGACUUAUUUCCGAGAGUUAG